AUGAAAAGAAAAAGUAGCGCUGCAGAUAGGAGUCAAGGACCAAACAUUUCAAAGAUGUUGAGAUUCACACCGGGUAAGAACGUAGAUGCCAACGACAUUGAUGCUAUUGUUACGCCACCGGGUUACAGAGGGGAUAGCUGGUUUUCAACGGAGACGUCAGCGUCAGUGAGCAGCACCGACCAAGACGGAUCCUUCGCAGAGGUUUGUCGCAAGCCAUUUGGCCGCUUCCUGUCAUUUGACGUGAAGAGAAGUUUGUUUUCCGGCAAGCGUCUCUCAGAACAAGCAGACGAUUCUCCCGUUACCAAGAGACUGCGCGAGACUAAGUCGAGUGUUGAUCGUAUUUCGUUACAGUCAUUGUCUCCCACGUCAGAGAAUGAAAACGUCAAGUCCGUUGUCCAUCGCCUGUCUACCGACGACGACGUCAUUGCUGACGGGACCCGUCCCUACACUUUACCUACGAUCGCCGGUAAACACAGUGACUUGAAGGCUAUUUCUCCAGAAACGAUGAAUGACGUUCUUCAGGGUUGCUAUGACGACGAGAUCGAUCACGUGACUGUCAUUGACUGCAGAUACCCGUAUGAGUUUGAGGGUGGUCACAUAAAGGGUGCCGUGAACUUGUUUACACACAGUGCCAUACAGGAGUUCCUCUCACGACACAGUUGUUCUCACGCUUCCUCCAAGAAACACGUGCUCAUCUUCCACUGCGAGUUCUCGUCAGAAAGAGGUCCUAAAAUGUACCGCCAUCUGCGCAGUGAGGACCGUGCCAUGAACAAAGACCAUUACCCCCGCCUCAACUUCCCAGAAAUCUAUCUACUCGAGGGAGGUUACAAGGCAUUCUUCUACAAGUUUAUGAAGCAAUGCUUACCCCACACUUACAAGCCCAUGCUGCACAAGGACCAUGCCGCUGAUUUACGUCACUUCCGAGGAAAGUCUAAGUCAUGGACCGCCGGUGAAAGACGGCAACUCAUGCGCACCACCCUUAGGUUUUAGUGUCAUCUGACCUUAGUGCUAAUGAACACAAGACGUAAAACAAGCAUUAUCUGUGAUAAAAAUGUGCAAUAUUUGUAGUAACGUGUAAAGAACUCAUGUAUUUCGUAAAGUACAACAGUUGCGAAUUAACAGUGGCAUCUGCAGGAUUCGGAUAUGUGAUCAUUGACAUCAUUGUGGUUUUAUUAGCUCCAGUGUAGCAUUGAUGUACAUACCAUAUCAUUUAUUAAUGUUGGCGUUUACUGAAGAAAAAGCAAUUAGAUGUGCUCAAAGUGUUCUGGCUUGAGAUUCUGGUGUGUAAAUAGGAGAUUCUAGUGUGUAAAUGAGAUAUUCUAGUAUGUAAGUGAGACGUUCUUGCGUUUAAAUGAGAUUUGUUUGUUAUUAAAAUUUCUGUCUUUCUAAUGUUCUUAUCUGUACCUCUUACUUUAUAGUUUUAAUUGUUUUUGUUAUGAACUUUGCAAAGAAAUAUA